AUUCUGUUAGUUGAGUGUACGAUGUCAACCAAGACAGUUGUUUGAGACAUUAGUGAUCCGUGCUAUAUGUUAGUUGCAUAAAGGUAAGCGUAUGUUUAUUAUUGUCAACACCGUAUAAUGCAUUAAAUCUGAUUUUUUCUUAAAUUUUUUUCUCGUAAGUUUUUAUUAUUUUAUUAUUAGUAAGACUAAGUUUAUAUUUGUAGUUUUUCAGCUCUUAAAUGAAAUAAAUGAUUAAAAUCUGAGCUUAAAGUAUAUUUUCGUCAACACCAUAGCCAUCAACACCGUAACACUGCAAAUCUACGGAGUUGAUGAUGAUCUACGGUGUUGACAUAUUUGUGUACAAAGAAUACUUGUAAUGAAUUAUUUUUUGUAGAAGUAUGAAAGUUAUUCCAGAGGAAGAAAAGAAAAGGAAAAAGGCAGAAGCCCAACGAAGGCGUCGUGAAAAAUUAAAAGGGAAUCCUGAACUUUAUCAGAAAGAAAGGGCCAAAGAAAAAGAAAGAUGGGCUAGACGCGUCAGGGACGGUAAAAUUAAACAAAUUAAAGAUUUAAGUCGUCGUCAACAGAAGUCCAAACGUAGAAUGUGGCAAAACAGUUCAAAAAAUUAUAGAGAUAAAAUGAAACAACGAAAAAACGCAAUUACUCAAUAUAUAAACGACAAUACACCGCCGUCUAGUCCUGUUAGUUUUGAUGCUAGAGAAAGACCAGGCACUAGUAGAAUUUCUGCAGGUCGAAAAAGAGUGAGAAAAGACAGAGCUAAAGCAUAUCGCAGGAUUGAAAAGUUAAAAAUGAAACUCAAAAAGCAAAAAAGGGAAAUUGAAAAAUUGAGAAAAAGAAAUCAACGACUUCGUCACAAAUACUCGAAAACAAAUUCGCCAAGGCAAAAUGUACUUUCACUUAUUAGAAAAAAUCCCGUCUCAGCAGUGGUUAAGCGAAAGCUUUUGUUUCACGAAACAUUGAUGGCUCAGCUUUCUGAUAACUUUAGUGGACUCAAAAGUAAAGAGCGUAAACUUGCAGGUCGUAUUCUUACUGGAGAAAUUAUAAAAAGAUACAAGUUUAAGAGUAGGUUUGGAUUUCUUACUUACAAAUACCAACGAAUCCAUAAACUUCGAAUUAAUGCGAAGGUUAGAAGACAAAUUCUUGAGAAAGAAGUUCAACAAUUUUUAGAAAAAGAUGAAUCAAGUCGUGUCUGUCCAGGAAAGAAAGACACUGUCACUAAAAAUAAAAUCAAAAAACAAAAACGACUCCUAAACAAACCGCUAAAAUUAUUGCAUAAGGAUUUCAUUAGAAGUACCUCUAAACCUAUUAGUUAUGCAUUGUUCUGCAAAAUGAAACCCUUUUGGAUCAGACAACCCGAUGUAAACAAAAGAGAUACCUGCUUAUGUACACUAUGUGAAAACGGUGAACUACUGGUGAAGAAGUUAAAACAAAUAGAUAUCAUUCAAGAAAAUUCAGUUUACGCCUUAAGCAAAUCACUUUGCUGUGAUGAUGACUUAAAAGAAGACUGCUUGGAAAGAAAAUGUUCUAAAUGUAAACAAAAGUUCAUUAAUUUGAAUCAAUUUAAUAAUGAAGAUCUGAUAACUUAUCAUAAAUGGUGCACUAAAAAGGAGAUAGUUCUUGUGUCUGGUAAGGAAAAACAAUGUAAGAAAACUUUUAAGAAUAAAAUAAAUUCUACAAAAGAGCACCUCGUUAAUGAUUUAAAAUCAACAAUUUUAAUACUAAUGCAACAUAUUGCUAACAAAAAACACCAAUAUAAAGAAAUGGACACCCUAAAAGAGAACUUAGGCAAAAAUGAAGUUAUUUUGCAUUUAGAUUUUUCGGAAAACUAUGUUUGUAAAUAUGAAAAGGAAAUUCAAGCUUUCCACUUUGGUGGGUCAAAAAAUCAAGUAGUAUUACAUACAGUAAUGGUUUAUAUUAUGGACGGAAAAACUUUAUUAAAAAAAGCAUUUUGCACAUUUUCUGAUUCAGCAAGAAAGGAUCCAGUGGCUGUUAUUGCUCAUCUGAAACCCAUUAUUGACGAAAUCAAGUCCCUGUGUCAACCUACUAAAGUGCAUUUUAUAAGCGAUGGGCCAUCAACACAAUAUCGAAAUUUCAAAAUGUUUCAGUUGUUUCAAAGCUAUUUUCCAAAUGAAUUGCCAGAAACACAAUUUAUGACUUGGAAUUACAGUGAAAAGGGGCAUGGAAAAGGUGCACCAGAUGGCAUUGGUGGAUGUAUCAAACGAAUGGCUGAUCGUCUGGUCGCUCAUGGAGCUGACGUAGCCAGUGUUAAUGAUUUAGUUAAUACAAUAAAAAUAAAUGUCAAGAAUAUAACUGCGUUAUUCGUACCACAAGAUACAAUCCAAACAUUUAGCACAUAUUUACCAUCAAAUGAAAAAGAUAUUCCUCGAUUUAAAGGUACCCGACAGGCCCAUCAAAUAGUAUGGAAUAUUCGUCAAAAACACAUUCUUCAGUUCAGAAGACUUUCCUGCUUCAAAUGUUGUGAAACAAAUCCAUGUCAGCACUUCAAUAUUGGGAAAUUGACGUAUACUGCAGAUUCUCGUUUACAAUAUCACGAGGUUUAUUCGUCUGAUUCAGAAGAUAUAGAAAAUUCCUCCGCAUUGGAUAAUAUGAUAUCCAACAUUAAGGCUCCCGUUCCCAAUAGUUUUGUCAUAGUUAAAUUCGCAGGAAAAAAGAAGUUUAGGUAUUAUAUAGGACACAUUCUUCAAAUAUGUAAUGACAACACCUUUGAAGUGAAAUUUUUAAGAAGAGGAAAGAAUGAGUACUUCAUUUUUUCCAACGUUGACGAUAUAUCUAAUGUCGAAGUAGACGACAUAGAUACUGUUUUAGCAGAUCCGGAAAUUAAAAGAGGACAUCAUAUUUUCAGUUCUUUGCCGAAGAAAUACAAACUGAAUUUGUGUUAGAAAUGAUUGUCAUUUUCAUUUCAUUUUUUAUAUUUGUUUGAUCUCAUUUCGUCCCCUUAGGAUUAAUAAUAAAACUGAUUUUCGUUGUUUUCUAAACACCUUUAAAAACCGAGAUACUUUUUUGUGUUAUUAAGGGAAGCGGAUGAUUUAUGUUUCUG